UCCUUCUUUGUUGUGAAAAUAGUAGGGUGAACAACAGUAAAGUGAACGUCAUAUAAAUUUGGAUAAUAAUACAAAAAUACAUUUUUUAGUUAAAUUACAUUAUAUUUGGAAAUUGUUAUUCUUUCAUUUCAAAUUGGUUAUGCAUAGAGUUUUUCUAAAUGCCAAAUAAGGUAUCAGUAUGCAUUGUUAAGCUAGAAAUCAUCACAUCUUUGACCGACCAUCAAGAACAAGGAGCAGUUUCAUUUGAACAUCCAACUAAUCCUAGAUUGCUGAAGGAACGUGAUCGGGAUCGUGGUCUUCGAGCGUCUAGUGAAAUACGUAUAGAAACAUACACAAAUCGAAUAAUGAAUUGCAAUUUAAGGGAUGUCUUGCCGACAAGCUCCAGAGAGGCCACACCGUUAGAGGAAGCACAAUUCGCAUCGGAAUUUCCUAAAGAAAUUGGAUUCUUUUCAGGAAAUCCAAGUGUUGAAGUUACUAAUGGUAUAAUUCAUCUUUACAAAAAGAAUGAACGUAAAGAAAUCAAAGAAGGACCCUCUAAUCAGUUAUGUUUAUUAGCCGUGCCAGCUAGUCUCAGUUGUCAUGACUUGCUUAACUUUGUUGCUCCAUGCCAUUCGGAAAUAAAACACAUUCGCAUUAUGCGUGAUGGAAGUCCAAAUCAGUUCAUGGUUCUUCUAGUUUUUCGUUGCAAUGAGGCAGCUUUGGAAUUUUAUCAGACAUUCAAUGGAGCAGCAUAUAAUUCACUUGAACCUGAUUCUCUCUGCCAUGCUGUUUGGGUGUCAGAAGUUGAACGGGGUGAAGAUGGAAUACCACCGUUCGGCCACACUGAGUUGCCAACAUGUCCGGUUUGCCUGGAAAGAAUGGAUGAGAGUGUAGAUGGAGUCCUCACUAUACUCUGCAAUCAUGCUUUUCAUGCCAAUUGUCUCAUCAAAUGGGGUGACUCAACUUGCCCAGUUUGCCGUCACGUUCAGACCCCAGAAUUAGUAGAGAACUCCGUUUGCAUGGAGUGCGAAGGGACUGAGGCUCUAUGGAUAUGCCUGAUAUGUGGUCAUGUUGGCUGUGGACGUUAUCAAGGUGGUCAUGCAGCCGCUCAUUACAGAGCCACAAACCAUACCUUCGCAAUGCAAUUGGGGACGUCAAGUGUGUGGGACUAUGCUGGUGAUAACUUUGUUCAUCGUCUUUUCCAGAACAAAACAGAUGGCAAACUGGUUGCCACCCAUACGCCAAAUGAAGAAGGUGAAGAAAAAAUUGAUUCUAUGCAAUUGGAGUUCACAUAUUUGCUUACAUCCCAGUUGGAUACUCAACGAAAAUACUACGAGGAAAGAAUGCAAGAACUCGAAGACGAGUGGCGAGAUUUUCAGGUUUCCUCUAAGAACAUGUCUGAGAAAUUGUCCGCCAUGGAACAAAAAGUUCAAUCAUUGACAAAAGAGAAACAAAAUCUAGAAAGAAAACUAGCCACAAACACAAAUAAAUUAAAAGAAGUUCAAAAACAAUUGACAGAUGAAUGUCAAAUUUCUAAAGCCUUGCAGAACAAUCAAAGUUCUUGGCAAACAAAAUAUGCUGCCCUGGAGGUUACAUACAAAGAGUAUUCGGAAAAGAAAGAAGCUGAAUUGACUGAUAUCAAGGAGCAACUACGUGAUAUAAUGUUUUAUAUGGAAGCGCAAAGUAAAAUUGCUGAGUCUGAUAUGAAAGAUGAAAUUGUUUCUGGUUCGGUUGUAGUUCCAGAACAGGAACAACCUAGAUCUAAUCGACGAAAGAAGAAAAAUUAAUAAUGGUGAAAAGUGUCUAAAAGUUUAAGUUUUGUAAGCUCUACAUAACGUACUCUUUAAUAUAAUAUAUUUAUAAUUAACAACCAUCUAUGUAUACAUGUUUUUAAGCUUUUUGAAAUUGGUUAUAAUAAAAUUAUUUCAUAUUUGAA